AUGAAGUCCUUCACCUCCAUCAUCUUCUUCCUCGCUCUUGCAUCCCUCGGUAUGUCGCAAAAAUGUAACAAGAAGGAGAAUGAAGUUUGUAAGGAAGGGUGUCCUAAAGAAAUUGUACGUUUAUUUUUCCUUUUCCUUAGCUACUAUCUUACGGUUAUACUUAAAGAGAAGGGCAGAAAGAAGCAAUAAGUGCUAACAGGAAAUUCUUACAGGGUGUUAAGAGUUGUGUUUCGGAUGACAGAGGACUCAGUUGUGUUUGCAACUUCCCUGACCGUCGUUAG